AUGAAAUUACCGCACGUUCUUAUCGUUAUUCAAGUACUAUAUUUUAUAGUAACAACGAUAAAUUCACAUCUAAUUUCACGAGAUAAGUUAAUAAAUAAUGAGUUUAAUUGGACAAAUAAUUUUGAACCGGAACGAAUUCAUAGAACCCAAAGGUCAUUAGUUGUUAGAGGAAGACAAUUUCUAUGGAAUAAUGGUAUUAUUCCAUAUGAAAUCCAAGAUAUAUUUGAUGGAGCAGUACGUAGAUUAUUUGAGCAAGCAAUGAGACACUGGGAACAAUCGACUUGUAUUCAUUUUGUUAAAAGAAUUAAGGGAAUUCAUAAAAAUUAUAUAGUUUUUACAAAAUCAGAAUGCGGAUGCUGUUCGUUCGUUGGUAAAAACCAAUAUGGACCACAAUCAAUAAGCAUAAUGGAGCAAUGCAGCAAUUUUGGUACUAUUUUACAUGAAUUGGGGCAUGCUAUCGGGUUUUACCACGAGCAUACACGUUACGAUCGCGAUCAGUAUAUUCAUGUUUUCCUAGAUAAUGUUCGAAAAGAAAAUAAAGAUAAAUUCAAUAAAAUGCCAGAAGAAUUCACAAGUACCUUGGGGCAACCUUAUAAUUAUGAUUCCAUAAUGCAUUACUCAGCAUUUGCUUUUGCAAGCAAUAAGUUCCGUAGAACCAUUGAACCAACACGUAAAAUAAAUGGCAGGACACCGACUAUUGGUCAGAGAAUUGACCUCAGUGCCGGUGAUAUUGCUGCUGCUAAUGUGCUGUACAGUUGUUCUGCAUAUGGUGGAUCAUUUUUUGAGCCUUGCGAUAUGAUUAUCCCGCCAAUACAUCCAGAUAAGUCACCAAAAGAUUCCGAUAAAUGCAAAUGGACAAUCAGAGCUGCUGAAGGUGAACGAAUAAAGGUCACACUUACAUCAUGGGAUAUUAAAGAGACUCCCAAUUGUACAGCGGAGUAUGUGGAAAUAAAAAAUGGCUACCGGGCAAAUAGUCCUGUCUUAGCUCGCAUAUGUGGUGAAGAUAAAACAGUUAUUCGAACGGCACGUAAUUUUGUAUCAGUAACAUAUGCUAGGAAUCAUUAUGAAAAUUAUCACCUAGGAUUUAUAUUGAAAUACGAGACUAUUUGCGGCGGCGAUAUUAAUUUAAGAAGUAAUGAUACUUAUUACUUAGAGUCACCAAAUUAUCCAGAGUUAUACAAACCGUAUAAACAGUGCCAUUGGAAUAUAAAAGCUCCUUACAAGCAUUAUAUAGUAAUUAAAUUUAAUUACUUUGAACUUGAAGAAAGUACUGGUUGUAAAAAUGAUUUUGUAAAAGUACGAGAGGGUGGAAAUAAAAAUGCGCCAAUUAUUGGAACGUACUGCGGUGAAAAUGACAACUUGGAAGUAGCUUCUCUGAUGAGAAAAAUUUUUCUAACGUUUGUUUCCAAUGGAUGGAAAGAAGCGGGAGGUUUUUCUGCCGCUAUUUCUGCGAAACCAAUCAACAAUGAAAUUAGCCACUUGAAUAGUUCACAUACUACUGCAUUACAUUAG